AAUUUUGAUCUACUCCGUUUCCCGUAGAGUGUCGUCAUCGUUUUAUGCGCGGAGUAAUGGAGACACUCGCCUCGCUGGUGUUAUUAUUUUGUUCUAUGCUUCGUUAAGCGUUGAUUUUCAACCAUCGAAUACAUGCUGUAACGUAUGAUAGAGUGGGUUGAUGUAGCUUGUCAACGAGGUAAACGUUACAAAACAACAACGCGGUACCCAUAGGCCACGCCUAUUCACAGAGGUAAACAAACCGUGUUUUGUCCGUUCAGUAUUUAGGGAAAACGCAGAAUACUGCCAACCUUAAAUAAUCAGUCAAUGGCAAUAUAAAGUUGCUGACAAUGAAUUGCCGUUCGGAAGUGCUUGAGUUGACGGUGGAGUCAAGACAGGUGGAAGAAGCAAUGCUUGCUCUGCUUCACACUAUCCUUUUGCACCGCAGCACUGGAAAAUUUCACUACAAAAAGGAAGGAACUUACUCCAUCGGCACCGUUGGUACCCAAGACAUUGACUGCGAUUUCAUUGAUUUCACCUUUGUCAGAGUGUCAUCGGAUGAACUUGACAGGGUGAUCAGUAAGGCUGUGACCGAAUUUAAGGAUGCCUUGGGAAACACGGGCAGCGAUGGCAUGGGACGCAUAUCACUGGAGUUCUACCAGAAGAAAAAGUCCCGCUGGCCAUUUUCUGACGAGUGCAUUCCCUGGGAGGUGUGGAGCAUAAAGGUGAACGUUGUCCACCUGGCCAAUGAGCAAGAGAGGCAGAUCUGUCGGGAGAAAGUGGGGGAGAAGCUUGGUGAGAAGGUGAUCAACGUCGUUGAGGUCAUCAACCGCCACGAAUACCUGCCAAAAAUGCCAACCCAAUCCGAAGUGGACAACGUGUUUGACACCAGCCUCAAGGACGUCCAGCCCUACCUUUACAAAAUCACCUUUCAGAUCACUGACACGCUGGGCACGUCUGUAAGCACAACCAUGAGGCGGCUUAUCAAAGACACACUGGCGCUGUGAAAGAAAACCCCAGUCAAAGACAUAUAUGGGCCUAAUUGGCGACCUUUGAAGCUGCAUCUUUUGAUCUCUGACAAAUGUGUCUCUGUAUUAGAAUAGCAGCUGUUCCAUGUUCAACAUUGAGUUUUCCGUCUACCUGUAGCUUACGUUUUUUGUUGCAAGGUUACAUUCAUCUCCCUGAUUUAUCUACAAUAACCUUUGUUUAAGCCAUGCACCUUUUUGAAGUAGAACCAAUUAGGAAAUGUUGUCAUAAUAUAUUGUAUAAAGAUUGUGUAAAUUCCUGAAAAUAAACACUGAUUACUGCGAUCCAUA